AUGAGCAAGAUUAUCAAGCCUCCUAGUACGCGAACAGCGGACUUUCGUACAUUGGAAAGAGAAUCAAGAUUUAUAAACCCUCCAAAGGAUAAGUCUGCAUAUCCGCUACUUGAAGAAGCUGUGCAACCUCAUAUUGGGUCAUUCAAUGCGCUGACGAAAGCUGAUGAGACGGGCGGUCUGUUGAAUGAGGCAGUAAAGGAUAUUGGCGAGAAAGUUAUCUUUGAUGGUAAGAUCUCAGAUGAUGAGACAAAGAGCGAUUAUUUAGGGAAUAAACUAUCUGUUAGCGUUGAGCAAGUUUCCAUCGCCAAGCCAAUGUCUAACGACGGAGUUUCUUCUGCUGUCGAAAGGAAAGUUUAUCCUGCGGAGACAAGACAAAGACUUUCAUCGUACAAGGGAAAACUCAUGCUGAAAUUGAAAUGGUCAGUAAAUGAUGGCGAGGAGACUUUUUCAGAAGUUAGAGAUUGCGGUGGUCUGCCCAUAAUGCUUCAGAGUAAUAGGUGCCAUUUAAAUAAAUUAUCGCCGUUGGAGUUAGUCAAACACAAAGAGGAAUCUGAUGAAGCUGGUGGCUACUUCAUCGUUAAUGGUAUUGAAAAGUUGAUUAGAAUGUUGAUUGUUCAGAGAAGAAAUCAUCCAAUGGCCAUUAUAAGACCUUCCUUCGCCAACAGAGGUGCAUCCUAUUCUCAAUAUGGUGUUCAAAUUAGAUGUGUUAGGCCUGAUCAAACUUCUCAAACUAACGUUUUACACUAUCUUAAUGAUGGUCAAGUUACAUUCAGAUUUUCUUGGAGAAAGAAUGAAUAUUUGGUUCCCGUUGUUAUGAUUUUGAAAGCUUUAACUGAUACCAACGAUAAAGAGAUUUUUGACGGUAUUGUUGGUUCAGAUUUGGACAACAGUUUCUUGACUGACCGUUUGGAAUUGCUAUUGAGAGGAUUUAAGAAAAGAUAUCCAUUAUUACAUAACAGGAGACAAAUUUUACAAUAUUUGGGUGAUAAGUUCCGCAUCGUUUUUCAAGCUUCCCCAGAUAAAUCGGAUUAUCAAGUUGGACAAGAAGUUUUGGAUCGCAUCGUUCUUGUUCACUUAAAUAAAGGAUCCCAACAAGAUAAAUUCAGAAUGUUAUUAUUUAUCAUAAGAAAGUUAUAUUCGUUGGUCGCUGGGGAGUGCUGUCCCGAUAAUCCAGAUGCUACGCAACAUCAGGAAGUGCUUUUGGGUGGGUUUUUAUAUGGCAUGAUUUUGAAAGAGAAAAUCGAAGAAUAUUUGCAAACAAUCACUGCACAGAUUAGAACUGAUAUUAAUCGUGGAUCGGCAAUUAAUUUUAAGGAUCACAAGUACAUGAAUCGUGUCUUGAUGAGAGUAAAUGAAAAUAUCGGCUCAAAACUACAGUACUUUUUGUCCACGGGUAACCUAGUUUCUCAAUCUGGUCUAGAUUUACAACAAGUUUCUGGUUAUACGGUUGUUGCAGAAAAGAUCAAUUUUUAUCGUUUCAUUUCUCACUUUAGAAUGGUUCAUAGAGGUUCAUUUUUUGCACAAUUGAAGACAACAACGGUCAGAAAAUUAUUACCUGAAUCAUGGGGAUUCCUGUGCCCCGUUCAUACUCCAGAUGGUUCUCCAUGUGGUUUGUUAAAUCAUUUUGCCCAUAAAUGUCGUAUCUCAACAAAACAGUCCGAUGUAUCAAAGAUUCCGUCGAUUUUGUAUUCACUCGGUGUUACGCCAGCUUCACAAGCAUCAACAGCUGGUCCAUCUUUUUGUUGUGUUCAAUUAGAUGGUAAAGUUAUAGGUUGGGUAUCACACGAGCAAGGGAAAGUAAUUUCUGACACUUUAAGAUUUUGGAAAGUCGAAGGUAAAACACCCGGCCUACCUUUAGAUCUAGAAAUCGGAUACGUUCCACCAUCAAGUCGUGGUCAAUACCCAGGUUUAUAUAUCUUUGGUGGCCAUUCAAGGAUGAUGCGUCCUGUGCGUUAUCUACCAUUGGACAAAGAGGAUAUCGUAGGUCCAUUUGAACAGGUCUAUAUGAAUAUUGCAGUAACUCCACAGGAACUUCAAAAUAAUGUCCAUACACAUGUUGAAUUUACUCCAACGAAUAUUUUAUCUAUAUUGGCUAAUUUAACACCGUUUUCAGAUUUCAAUCAAUCGCCAAGAAAUAUGUAUCAGUGUCAAAUGGGUAAACAAACUAUGGGUACUCCUGGUGUUGCAUUAGUCCAUCGUUCGGACAAUAAACUUUAUAGAUUACAAACGGGUCAGACUCCGAUUGUAAAAGCUAACUUAUAUGAUGAUUAUGGUAUGGAUAAUUUCCCUAAUGGUAUGAACGCCGUUGUUGCCGUCAUUUCCUAUACCGGUUACGAUAUGGACGAUGCAAUGAUCAUUAACAAAUCUGCGGAUGAAAGAGGUUUUGGUUAUGGUACAAUGUAUAAAACUGAAAAAGUUGAUCUUUCACUCAAUAGAAGUCGUGGAGAUCCAAUUUCUCAGCAUUUUGGCUUUGGAAGUGAUGAAUGGCCAAAGGAAUGGUUAGAAAAAUUAGAUGAUGAUGGAUUGCCAUAUAUUGGUACAUAUGUGGAAGAGGGGGAUCCAAUCUGCGCAUAUUUUGAUGACACUCUGAAUAAGACAAAGAUAAAAACUUACCAUUCUUCCGAACCUGCAUAUAUUGAGGAAGUCAAUCUUAUCGGUGAUGAAUCAAAUAAAUUUCAAGAGCUACAAACAGUUACAAUAAAAUAUCGUAUCAGAAGAACCCCUCAAAUUGGUGACAAAUUUUCCUCUAGACAUGGGCAAAAAGGUGUUUGUUCAAGAAAAUGGCCAACCAUCGAUAUGCCUUUCAGUGAAACCGGUAUUCAGCCAGAUAUAAUCAUUAAUCCUCAUGCUUUUCCAUCUCGUAUGACAAUUGGUAUGUUCGUUGAAUCUCUUGCUGGUAAAGCUGGUGCCCUUCACGGCAUUGCACAAGACGCCACGCCAUGGAUGUUCAAUGAAAAUGAUACUCCAGCUGACUAUUUUGGUGAGCAACUACUAAAAUCUGGUUAUAACUAUCAUGGUAAUGAGCCAAUGUAUUCUGGUGCUACAGGUGAAGAGUUAAGAGCAGAUAUAUAUGUAGGUGUCGUCUACUAUCAAAGAUUACGUCAUAUGGUUAACGACAAGUUCCAGGUGCGUUCAACCGGUCCUGUCAAUAGUUUGACAAUGCAACCUGUCAAAGGUAGAAAAAGACAUGGUGGUAUCCGUGUUGGUGAAAUGGAAAGAGAUGCAUUAAUAGGGCAUGGUACAGCCUUCCUGCUCCAAGAUCGUUUAUUAAACUGUUCCGAUUACACUCAAACUUCUGUGUGCCGUGAAUGUGGUGCUAUCCUUACAACUCAACAAAGUGUACCAAGAAUAGGCUCACUCUCUUCAUUACGUUGUCGUCGUUGCGCUGUGAAGUUUGAUGAUGCCAAGAAGAUGUUAUCCAAAUAUAAAGGCACCAAGAGUGUUUUCAUCGAUGACUCUCAAGUAUGGGAAGAUGGUCAAGGUAAUAAAUUCGUUGGUGGUGGAGAUACUACCACGGUUGCCAUUCCAUUUGUGUUGAAAUAUUUAGAUUCGGAACUUGCAGCAAUGGGUAUCAGAUUGCGCUACAACGUGGAACCUCGUUGA